AUGUUCAUCUAUAAAACAUUAAACAACACAUAUAAAAUAGGAGAGUUCUGGCUACAAAUACCUACCUUUGAACAAAGGGCUAGAUGCAGCACCUGUGAAGAACCCUCAGAGUCAAUGGAACAUAUCCUCAUUCACUGCAACAACCUAGAACAAAAGAAAAUAUGGAGCCUGACAAGAAAAAUAUGGCCCAGGAAAUAUGGACCUUGGCCAGAACCAUCAAUAGGCCUAAUCUUAGGAUGUGGUGCGCUAUCCCUCCCACAACAACCCCAAAAUCAAGAUGACGAAAACCAAAACUCCACCAAAAAAUCAAAAGGGAUAUCCCGCCUCCUUAGAAUCCUGCUAUCAGAGUCAGCCUAUCUCAUUUGGACGAUAAGGUGCAAAAGAGCCAUCACAGGACAAACACACACCACAGGAAACAUCACUAGAAGAUGGAUCAACACUAUAAACUGA